AUGAGCUACAUGCCGUACGACUGGCCGACGAGCGCAAAGGACGCCGUUCCGUGCAACGCGACGCUCGUCGCGCUCGUCGAGUCGGCGGUCGGGCUCACGGUCCAGCAGAUCUCGUUCGAGCAGUGUGUCGCCGCCGUCAACUGCCAGUACACGAGCACCAAUUCGACCCUCAAGAGCGAAGCCCGACACGUCUGGGAGGUCGCCAACGCGUUCGGCUACACGCCUUCUGCGAUCUUCGCCAUCGUCGCCAUCCUCAUCUUUGCCGUGUCGAGCUCGUUUCACCUGUACCAGACCAUCAAGAGUCGCAGGUGGUGGUGCCUUGCGGUCGUCCUCGGCGGCGCGCUCCAGGUCUUUGGCUGGGUUGAGCGCUACAUGGCGUCGCAGAACCUCAGGGUCGGCUACGUGAUCCAGCUCGCCGUCCUCACCAUCGCGCCCACGUUCUUCUCGGCCGCCAUCUACGCCCUCUUCGGCAUGACGGCCGCCGUCCAGGACGCGAGCCUUCUUCCUCGGUGGACGCCGCGCGCGUACUUCAAGACGUUCACCAUCGUCGAUUUCGUGACGCUCCUCGUACAAGCCGCAGGUGGAGCUCUCGCGGCGACGGUGGACGGCAACACGCCCUUCGAGAUCGGCUGCAACAUCAUGCUGGCCGGCAUCAUCCUCCAGCUCGUGACGACGGUCGUCUUCCUCGUCGUCUUUGGGCUCUACUUUCGCCGGCUCGCUCUCGUGCACCCGGAUCGACACGUCCUUCGUCUCAAGUCGAGGACCGGCCUCGUCUUUUGGGGCACGCUCGUCAUGGCCGCCCUCAUCCUCGUGCGAGGCGGCUUCCGCACCGCCGAGCUCGCCGAAGGCCUCUACAGCGGACUGUCUCGAACUCAAACCGCCAUCAUCCUCCUCGACGCGGUCCCCAUGAUGACCGUCAUCCUCCUUCUCAACGUCACCCACCCUCUCUACACCGUCGACCCGCUCGUCAACCGUUACCGGAGCACGCCGACCGAUGAACGUGGGUCGCCGAUCCAGCUGGGCCUGAUGAGCAGGAUCGAGAGUGCGGACAAGUGGCAGGGCGCGAGCUCGCGCGUCGACCGGUCGUCGGUCUGA